UGUAGCAGGGAAGGGAUGACCAAAGUUUUAGGAUGUGUUGACGGAAAUGGACUUUUUAUUGAACUUGGACAUGAUGUCUUGAUGGGUGGUACUGUCCAUCGUUGUUAUAGAAUUAAAAACACAACCUUUUAUCAUCGGUAA